AUGUCGCUCGGUCUGCAGAUCCGCGAUGAAGCACUUGCCCGUUUGACACAGCGGCAGACAGGUGAUCACAACGCUCAUCGCGCCGGGGAAGGGUCUUCUCACCACAGGCCUUCAAAUGCCGGCGCUGACGACCUGGAGGCUGCGCCAGCACAGGGCAUCAAUGAUAACGACGUUGGGCAGGAUGAUGACCUCAUGCACGGCGCUGACCACGAUGCGCGGUCUCCACGGCCAUCAUCAAGAUCCUCAAGUUCUUCUUCAAGUUCUAACGAGGAAGGACGGGACUACGACGUCCCUCCUUCCUCACCACCGCUUACACCCUCUGGUCUACGUCAGAGGUCUGUCUCACCCACGGACAGUUCAAGAUCCGGUGGUAGGGAUCAUGAUGGUAUGUCUCUCGUGGAGGAAGAGCAAGCUGGGCUUCGUGGACCGGAAGAUGAGUUUCUUUUCCAAGACCCUCAUCGAGUUCGCUUCGGUGGUCAAGCUGGUGCUCUCGUCGAUGAGCCGCCUGACAUUGAACGCCCAAAGGAAGAGCCGUUCGCGCUGUACGAGGCAGGAUUGGCUGACACGAUCUCCGAUGAGAACGUCUUCGCGCCGUUCGCCUCAGAGAGGGAGUGGCACAUUGCUCAGUGGGCGAAGAAGCGCGGCCCAAGUGCGAGUGCAUUUAACGAGUUCCUAGCAAUCGAUGGAGUCCGUGACGCCUUGGACCUUUCGUUCAAAAACACAAAAGACCUGAACAAAAUCAUUGACUCUUCCCUCCCGAGCCGCCCCGCAUUUGUGCGGCAGGUCCUCGAGGUCGAUGGCGAGACAUACGACCUUUGGCUUCGAGACGUCAUGCAGUGCAUCCGCGUACUAUUCGGCUCACCUGAUUGGGUCGCUGAUCUGCUUGUUUCCCCCGAGCGCCAUUACACAGACGAGGACAAGUCAACGCGGAUAUAUGGCGACAUGAAUACUGGUGAAUGGUGGUGGCGCUUGCAGCACAAAAUCGAGGCCAAGGAACCGGGUGGCACCAUCGUACCACUUAUUCUUUCGUCCGACAAGACGCAGUUGACCAUGUUUCGCAAUCGCUCGUGCUACCCACUCUAUCUAACCAUUGGUAACAUCCCCAAGGCGAUACGACGCAAAUCGAGUCGACAGGCACAACUUCUCAUAGGCUAUCUUCCCGUCACGCGGCUCUCCCAUAUCAAAAACGAGGAGACUCGUCGCCGUGCCAUUUCCAACCUCUUCCACGCAUGCUUGAAGCAGGCCCUCGCACCCACCCGCAAGCCCGCCCGUCGUGGAGUGAAGAUGUCAUCAGGUGAUGGCUCUACCCGCCGCUGUCACCCUAUCUUCGCGGCAUACAUCGGAGAUUAUCCCGAGAUCGUCUGCGUCGCUGGUGUGAAGAAUGGCGAAUGUCCCGCGGGAGUGGUAGACCCGAAGUCUAUGGGUGAGGCCGUGCCGUGCACGCAGCGCGACCUGAAUGCAAUAUUGCAUGCCCUCAGUACGUUCGAGCGCACAGGGGACCCAGUCGCUCACGUCCACGCCUGCCAGGAUGCAGGGAUCAAGCCAAUUGCGGACCCCUUCUGGAAGGACUUGCCUUACGUGAACAUCUACGCCUCUUUCCCCCCUGACAUCCUACAUCAGCUUUACCAAGGAAUGGUCAAGCACGUCAUAGGCUGGACGAAGACAGCGUAUGGCGCCCGCGUAAUUGAUGCUCGUUUUCAAGCUCUACCUCCAAAUCAUAACCUGCGUCACUUCUCGAAAGGUAUAUCACACCUCUCUCGUGUGUCCGGGACUGAACAUCAAGACAUAUGUCGUGUUCUGCUCGGCACGAUCAUCGACCUACAUUUACCUGGUGGGCAAAGUCCCGUACGACUGGUGCGAGCUGUACGCGCCCUCCUCGACUUCGUGUAUCUCGCGCAACUCCCUGCUCACACUUCUACCACACUCUCUCAACUCGACGACUCCUUGGCUCGGUUCCAUGCGAACAAGGGUGUUUUUGUCGAUCUAGGUAUUCGCGAUCAUUUCAACUUCCCCAAACUGCACUCGCUCCAGCACUAUGUCAGCGGAAUCAAGAUGUUCGGGACCGCAGAUGGGACUAACACUGCCCAGUCCGAGCAUCUGCACAUCUCGCUCGCCAAGGACCCGUGGCGCAAAUCCAACAGGAAAGACGAGUACCCGCAAAUGACCUCCUCUGUCGUCCGCCUUGAGCAGAUCCACGCGCACGCUCUCUACAUCGACUGGCGGCUCGCUGGGCGCCCUGAUCUGCCGACAACACCUCCUGUGAUUCCACAUAAACUCCACCAGCAUCUCACUCGCUAUCCGACUCACAAAUCUCUCUCGUUUUCCACCGUCGAGACGCGCUAUGGUGCCCCUCGUUUCCAGACUGUCCUGAAAGAAUUCAUCGCGCACUUCAAGCAUCCCCAUCUGUCUGGGCGCGACUUCGCGAACUUCGUAUCGGUGUACGAUUUGCCGUUCCGGUCAGUGUCCGUAUGGCACAAAGUCAAGUUCUGGAAUCAAGACCCCUUCCAGCGGAGGGAGGCGCCCGAGACCUUGGACGUGAUCCACGCGCGUUCAGCAUAUCGGGACACUCAAGGUCGUGUAGUCGCAGGGCGAUUCGAUACUGCGCUGGUCAACGAGAAGGGAGACGGGGGGUUUGUUGGGGUCUCAGGUUAUCGUGUAGGGCAAGUACGCGUCAUCUUCUCGCUCUCGAAGAAGGCCCAUGAAAUUGUCUUCAAGAAUGAACCCGACGCGCCCUCGCACUUCGUGUACCUCGAAUGGUUCAGCAGGUUCAAAUCGCGCCCCGAAGCGAACCACCUGUUCUAUACGGUGACACGCUCACGCGACGCAGACCAGCAGCGCGUAGCAGCAAUUGUUCCCUUGAAGAAUCUGCACCGGAUGGUCAACUACGCACUCUCGGGGCGGCGGAUCCGCCAGCGCGUCACAGCGCAGCUGAGGACAGUGGCCUGGCAUAGCCGGCCAAUGCUCCCGCUGUUGGCUCUCGCAUCGGCCUCCGCCUUCCAACGGAAGCGCGGCAACACCGCGCCGUGCCUCAGACUUGUGCCUACCCCCGCGACCACGGCAUCAAGUGGGUCGUCGUCGUCGGUGACCACAACGACGGUGAGGGUUCGUCCUCUCGAGCUCCACUUCCUGGGUGACUUCGCUGUCGUCCCCUGGUCGGUUGCCCGUAUCCACGAGACGAACCUGAACAAGCAGGGCAUGCUCGCGCUCACGUUCGCCGAUUCCGAGGACUCCGAGAAGGUCCGCUCUCAGGACCGCGUCGACAUCGGCGUGUUCGAGUCGUUCGCGCCUGCCAAGAACCUCACGCUCGUGCUCAAGCCCAGGGACGGCUCCAAGGAGGAGGUCUCGCUCACGUACAGCUUCAACCGCGGAAUUCUCGAACCCGACGGUGACGAGCCGACGAACGGCGGCGGGCGCAUGGGCGAAGGGCAGCCGAGGGCGUUGCGACAUGCAGCACCCGACUGCUGCACGUUGCAGAUGGCAACGGCGAGCACGCAGGCGCAACCACGAUUGGCAAGCGGUCCCCCGCACGUAACGGCAGGUCAGGGCAAGCAGUGGACGGUGGGUAAGCGGCGGAUGGCGGGCGAGGGCGAGCCAGCCGUGAAGGACGAGGCCGGGCCACGGCACCGUGUCUCACAUCGCGAGGACGAGGACGCAGGGCGUUCGCCCUGCGUACAAGGUCCCGCACCCGCCAUCGAGAAGCUCCCGCCGCUCGCCGACUACGACAGCGCGAAGCAUCUCGUCAAACACAGCUUCAAGCGGCUCGACCUGUUCCAAGUGGCGAAGCAGCGGCACAUAUUGCUCGGGCUGAUGGCCGUGUUUCUCACGGAGUACAUUGUGCUUGCGAUCACACUGACCAUCCAGGUAGUUACGUUCUUCGCGAGCCCGCUCGGGAUCAGGAACCUGCUGCACUACCUCGAGACGAGACGGACGGCGACGGCGCGGUCGCGCGUCCGUGGGUGUGGAUGUUGGCUGUUCGUCGGGCCGAUGGUUGGCUCGAUCGCGCUCCAGGUUUACAUCUUCACGAUGACGCGCAUGCUCGUGCGCACGAUGAGUAUCAUCACGCAGCUCCUCUUCGAGCACUCGCUGCGUAUCCGGAUGAAGGCCGAAGUGGCCGACUCACCCCUGGUCCUCACCAAAGUGCGGCAGCUCGCGAAGAAGCGCGAGACGAGCAUGCCCGACGACAAGGAGGACGUGGUCUACGAGCCGUCCCGCCCGAGGAGCAGACGCCGCAGUGGAUAUGGCCGAGUGGGCCUGCGAACGCAAGAGCUCGCAGACGAGACGUCGGCGGGCGGGCUCUAUGGGCAACUGUACCACCAUUAUGGACACUACCUUCGUGGUAUGACUGCUGAAUACAGCGCGGCGUAG